CGACGCGGUGGGUUUGCAGGGGCCGAGUAAAUUUCCAGCGGUGCAUGUCGCAAAGACCAGUGCAUCGGAGACGGGCGGACCGAACGACAUCAGCGUCUCGGGCACUAUCUGGUAGGCGACAGAAGCAGCCAUAGAGCCAAGCAAUACCGAAUCUCCGGCCGCUAAAAGCCGAAUAGCCCAUACACACAACAUCAACAUGUCCUCAUUAAGGAGAACGGUCCACGAAAGUCUCCCGUAUGUCGACCCGGACCCGACCCCAGCCCAGCGCGCGGCGGCCCAGGCCCUGAUCGACACGGAGCUCGACGCCUCUCCGGCGGUCGGCGACCACCCAGACCUACCCACCGCGUACGCGCCGCGCUUCACCCCAGCCCUCGAGGCCGAGCUGGCCCGCGUCGCCGGCAGCGCCGACCCGACCAAGCCGACGCCGCUCCGCGCCAUCGACACCAAGCGGUACGAGGCUCAGGACGACGACGACGACGACGACGGCCAAACCCAGCCUAAGGACCCGGCCGCGCUCGAGGCCUCCCUGGGCCGCGCCCACACGCUGCACGCCUACCUGCGCCUGCGCCGCGAGCACCUGGCGCUGCUCGACGCGCCCGAGGGCCGCAACGCCUGGCUGGUCGGCAACUGGCAGCUCGAGGCCGAGCUGAGGACCGUCGAGGCCGAGCUGGCCGCCGCCCGCCGCUCCGUCGACGCCGCCGCCCUCCGCCGCCGCCGCGCCCAGGACGGGGCCGCGCCCGAGCUGCGCGGGCUUGACGAGUCGUGGCGCAAGGGCGUCGGCCAGGCCAUCGAGGUCGAGGUCGCCGCCGUCGCCCUGCGCGCCGAGCUGGACGCCGCGGCCGCAGCCCGCUUCCAGCAGGAGCAGGCCGUUUGAGAAGUGAUGCCUCUGGGUGAGGGUUGUCCUUGAGUGUUUUUUACUUUACACGGAUUUUAAUCAUACAGAAAUACAUAUCAAGGCGUUCUGGAUGGGUCAAGGAGUUUGGCAAUUUCGACUGCCAGGUUUUAUGGGUAUAGGUUUGCGCGAUAGAACGACAGAUAAAAAGAACACAUCAAACCCCGCGCAUAUGUUUUAAACUUAAUCAGGACGGGAAAAGCAAAGAUAGCCUAUUCGAGGACGAAGACGGCAGGGUCUGUUCGCGUGUAGGUAUUAGUGCGUGACCUUACAAUCAAACAUGUACAUGAAAGACUGCUUUCGUAAACAAACUCAAGAGACAGACAGUAUCAAUACGACAGUAGCGAGGGACAAAGUAGGUGAAAACUGAAUUGAUAGUG